ACAUUGAAGGGUUACCACAGCUAAAGAUGUCAUUAGCAAUUCUCAUUAUAGCGUCGGUUUGUUCGCUUUUGUUUGCCAAAAUUUUUGUAAGGGAAAAUCAGGAUAGAAGUUUCUGAAAAUUACAAGUUUGAUCAUGUCCGCAAAACGCAAAGCUGGUGGAAAUGGUAGUGGACCCAACAAACGUCGUCCAAAGAAACAGGAAAAUUUAGAAGAGGAUUUGAGCGAUGCCUCAAGUGAAGAUGUUCAAUCUACCUCAAAUCAGGUUGAAGUUUUAAUUCCAAACGAAGAUUUGUUACCUCCUAGUGAGCUACCAGAAGAUUUGCUCCUAACCCUCGACAAGACUCCAGGAAAAAUGUUAAUAGCUGGAAUGGUAACAUGGGACUUAACUGGAAAAAGGGAUCGGAAAAACGUUGUGAAAGUACGACCUAAUCUUUAUAGCUUUCAUCGAUUUUCGGAUGAUACGUAUCGCUACUGUGCAACUGGCCCAAGCUCUGCACAUACUCUACUUAUAAAUAUGGAACGCAAGGCUCUUGCUUUUGGCCGGAAUCCGUCCGGUCAAUUAGGUUUACCUGAUGUAAAAAUUUGCGAGAAGCCUACUCCAGUUAUAGGGCUUGAAAAUUUUAAUAUCGUACAGGUGGCAUGUGGUCGUCAUCACUCUCUAUUUUUAACAGAUACAGGCAGAGUUUAUGCUUGCGGUGAUAAUAAGUCUGGACAGUGUGGCAUUGGAAAUACUAUUCCUGUAAUUAAUAAGCCAACACUUAUAAAUUACCGUGGCCCACCAAUUAUCAAAAUUGGAUGUGGGGCAGAAUUUUCAGUUAUUCUAGAUAUCAAAGACAAUUUGCAUACCUUUGGCUUACCAGAAUAUGGCCAAUUGGGGCAUAACACGGACGCAAAAUACUUCGUUAACGCCAACAAACUGUCUUUCCACUUUGAAACAUCACCAAAGAAAGUGGUACUUUAUAUUGAAAAAAACAAAGAAGGUCAUGUAACACCUGUAGACAACGUUCAAAUCGUGGAUUUUGCAUGCGGUAAUAAUCAUACGGUUGCUAUUGAUUCAAAGAAGCGUGUUUACAGUUGGGGAUUUGGCGGAUUUGGACGACUGGGUCAUGCCGAACCAAAAGAUGAGAUGGUACCUCGUUUAAUAAAAUAUUUUGAUACCCAAGGACGUGGUGCCCGUAAUGUAUAUUGCGGCGCAACCUUCAGUUUGAUCGUUAACGAGCUCGGUGUUCUGUUUCUAUUUGGUCAGAACAAAAAAACGGGAGAGGCAAAUAUGUAUCCAAAACCGGUGCAAGAUUUAUCUGGUUGGAACAUUACUGAUAUAGGAUGCGGGAAUACUUCUAUUAUGAUAUCAGCAGAUGACACAUUAAUUGCAUGGGGUGCUUCACCUACUUAUGGUGAACUGGGCAUUGGCGAGUUCCAAAAGUCUUCCACGGUCCCUAAAGAAGUGCCCAAAAUGGAUAAUAUCAAAAUACCUCAGGUAGCUGUGGGUUAUUCUCAUACCGUUUUGCUCGUAAAUACUGAUCACGAAGCAACAAAACAAAAAUAUGAGAAACUGCCAGAAUAUACAAUCGACGAUUAAACAAAGCAGAUAAACUAGUAGUUGUUGGUCUUUAUACUCCUCAUCAAGCAUUUAAAAUAGAAAUAUUAACUCUAUGAUAGAGGAGUUGUCAUCGAAUCAUAAAUUACAAAAAAAAAAAAAAUAUUCAAUUGGAACUUAAAAUAACAUACAUUUAUAUUAAGUUGACUUUGUAAGUGUCAGACUGGUAUAAAUAUAAACAUUUUUUACGAUUUCAUUACAUAUAUAAUAUAUUUCUUGCAUUAUUUUUCAUCAAACUCAAAAAAACUAUUUCUUCAAUGCUCUCUAAAUUAUCUAUACAUAAUAAUUAUAUCUGAUUCUUACACAUACAUAUAUAUUUAUUGCUAAGAUUAAUUUAAUUAGUUAAGAUGAAAUGUCAUUGAUUUAUAUUUCCUUUUUGCUAUGGCGUUCAUUUCUUUUCACAUUCUAUAUAUUGAUGCAGUAUUGGACUCAUACAUUUUAUAAAUAUAUAUUUAAAAUCGGAAAUAAAGUUUAAUAAUGAAAGUA